AUGCUCUCAUGCUCUUGGGUAUGCUCUCAUGCUCUUAGGUAUGCUCUCAUGCUCUUGGGUAUGCUCUCAUGCUCUUCGGUAUGCUCUCAUGCUCUUGGGUAUGCUCUCAUGCUCUUAGGUAUGCUCUCAUGCUCUUAUGUAUGCUCUCAUGCUCUUAGGUAUGCUCUCAUGCUCUUAGCGACGCCUGUGUCCGGCGACGACUCAACUAGAUGGUUGGAUGGAAGUCGGCGCGGGAUGUCCAACAAUACCUUGAAUCACGUGCGCCUGAUAAGCAUCGAGGACUUGCUGAAGCACCCGAAACUGGCUCCUAAGAUGAGCAUGCAAUCACGUGUCGUUAAGGACGGGGACGUCAUGGCGGGGUUGAAGCGUGCAUCCCAUACCGGUGCAAAUAUGGUGGAUGCGGAGGGCAAGGUUAUCAAUGUUUGGCCAUCCAUGUAUGCACAUGUUACGGAUUACCCCAAGUCGUGCAAAGUAACGUACACAAAGUCGGGUACGACGUUGUUUCCUUGCUCGCUAUGCAAGGUGCCAAAAGAGAAGCUGUCGAAGCUCACCGACCGCAUCGACGCGCGCACACCAUCGGAGCAAUGUGUCGUGGUCAAGGCGGUUGCUACAAAGACCAUCAAGGACGACUCUGAUGAGUCACUGUCGACCCACCCUGUACAGGUAUGGUGUACUCUUGAUGGUGGCUUUGGUUUCAUACAUCGAGUGGUAUUUGGAGUGUGCACGAGCGGGCGAGCACAUCGAGGCAAGUCUGACCGAAUUGAAGUCCAAAGCACACCGGUUGUACAUAGCGAGGAGCAGCGCUUGAGGUUGCAAGCAAUCGCACCCAUGCUCGGAGCGAAGAAGACGUACGACACGGCGAUGAUCAAGGCACAAAGGACGGGCGUGCGAGUGCUCUCGCGUCGAUCGUGGCUUCUUCACGUUCCUCGCGGACGGGUGGCGGCACCUUUCUGCAUCCCGAAUGCGCCACAGGCGAAUCGUGAUGCGAUGCUCGAGAAGGAGAUUGGUGCUGAUUUGAAGCACCUGCGGACGGCACUGAACGCAGCCUCUGGGUGCAACAACAAGGGCGAAGACAUCAAGAGCAUACAAGUGCAUUGGGAAAUGGCCAUGCCAGCGGUCGACGCACAGUACAGCCGACUACCUCAUCGAGUGCGCGCCCUGCCGAGACACCAUGGCCGGCCAUGGUAUUCAGACGUGGCUGUGAAGGGGGAGACAGAGGAUGGCCAUGAGGAGUGGUAUGCAAAGGUCCUAUUGCUGUUUCACUGCAAGGUGGACAGGAUGACAAAGGAGUACGCAUACGUCAAGUACUAUGACGUGCUGCCUGCAUUAGAUAGCUGUACCAACUGCAAGCGCCUGAAAUGGCCCCCGCUGGUAGCUAGGUAUCAGCAGCACAACCUUGAGUUCCUCGCUGACGCAACCACCGGCGCGCUGGCUGAGGAUUUUUCGACGGAUAACCGCUCCGCCUUCGACAAGGAGCUGGACGAGGGGCUGGACGAGGAGCAGGACGAGGAGCAGGAAGAGGAUGACGAGGAGGAUUCUGAGGACGAAGCUGGUGCCGAACAGCAUCAGCAGCAGCUUGCUCAGCAGCAGCAACAGCUGGGCGUCGAAAAAAACGGUGCCGUCCGCGGAACACGGUCGGAAGGUAUCAAUGCGUACUGGGUCAGACAAAAUCGCGGACUGCAGGCGCAUGUUGAAGAUCUUAAAGCAACCGUUGACAUCCUUCAGAUUUCGCAAGCCGAAGCGCAGCAGAAGCUUGCCGCCGCCAAAGCUGAUUGCGAAAUCCUGCGUUCCCGACUGGGUGAGCUUGAGGCGCAACAGGCGGGCGGGGUGACGGAGAUGUCUUCAGACGGCCCCCAUGUCAACCCGGCAAAUCUCACAAGGGACAACAAUGGUAACGUGAUUGUGAAGACAAGCCUUGAAAAGAAGGAGUUCGCGGUAAAGGCUCUCGACACUUUCACGUGGCUGAUAACAGACGCGCAAGUGGAGUGCAUGGAGUUCUUCCCAACGUUCGAAGUCUUCCAACCUCAUCUCAUCACCAAGUACCGGUUGUGUGGAGUGAAUCGCGAUGAGUAUUUCUACGCGACUGGCGGCAGAAUCGAGUUCGAGAAGCUGGUGAUGAAGGGCAUCAAAACGAAACGUUCAAACACCCACAAGAAGGUUCGUUUCUAUGCAUGGGGCGCGGGUGGGUUGGUGGAUGAGAGCAAGUGGCCGUUGCUGGCGGUGGAGCUGAUCAUUCCAUCUAAGAAGCGCAUGGAAGAGAAGUGGCUGGAAGACUUCAGGCAUGCUGUACUUGGAUAUGCGUGGCAUAUUAAUGGCGAAGGGAUUCCCUUUGCUAACAUUGCUUUUGAGAAGGCAGCUUUGGCUGCAUUCUCUGUUGUCACGUCCACUCUGGUCUACGUGAAGAUUCCCAUGCUGGCUUACCUUUGUGUUGUGGUUGAAGCCCCCCUUGAAAGCUACAGGCUGGGAAAUGGCCAGCCUUCUCUUGGUGGUGUUCCGCUGACCAACAGUAACCUGGUCCGUGCCAAGACUAUUAUUGUUGUGGCGGCUCUGCACGCCGCGAUGGUCAACAAUCCCACCUUCUUGAAGCAUGAUGAAGGGCUUGACACAUGUGCGAUCAAGGCGUGUGGCGUCAAUGGCAAGUGCAUCAAGGACAGUGCUGGAGUGGCGUCCUGCGUGUGCGACGCUGGCUUUGUGCUGCAUGCUGACAAGAAAACAUGCACUGACACUUGCGUACUCAAGAAGUGUGGGGGUAAAUCCAAGUGCGUGAAGAGCGCUGCAGGAGUGGCGUCCUGCGCAUGUGACACUGGCUUCGCACUGCAGCCUGAUGGCGUCACAUGCACCGACACAUGCACGCUCAAGGCAUGUGGCAACAACGGCAAGUGCACCAAGGACAGCGCAGGAGUGGCAUCCUGCGUUUGUGACACUGGCUUCGUGCUGCAGGCUGACGGCACCACAUGCACUGACACAUGCGUUGUCAAGGGGUGUGGCGGCAACGGCACAUGCAGCAAGAACGUUGCUGGACUGGCGUCCUCCGUGUGCAACGCUGGAUUUGUGCUGCAGGCUGAUGGCAUCGCAUGCACCGACACAUGCACGCUCAAGGCAUGUGGCGUCAACGGCAAGUGCAGCAAGGACAGCGCUGGAGUGGCGUCCUGCGUGUGCAACACUGGCUUCGUGCUGCAGGCUGACGGCACCACAUGCACCGACACCUGCGUCAUCAAGAGCUGUGAUGCCAAUGCGAAUUGUGUGAAGGACGCUCAAGGCGUUGCAUCCUGUGUUUGGAAAACGGGAUUCCAGAUGGUGGGAGGCACUUGCACUGGCACCUGCGUCAUCAAGAGCUGUGAUGCCAAUGCGAAUUGUGUGAAGGGCGCUCAAGGCGUUGCAUCCUGUGUUUGCAAAAUGGGAUUCCAGAUGGUGGGAGGCACUUGCACUGUCAAUCUCUCCCUCUCUUCCUCCUCCCCACUUCCCUCCCUCCCUCCCUCCUUCCCUCCCUCCGACCCUCCCUCCGUCCCUCCCUCCGUCCCUCCCUCCCUCCGUCCCUCCCUCCUUCCCUCCCUCCUUCACUCCCUCGUUCACUCCCUCCUUUCCUCCCUGCUCUCAAGUUCCCUCCAUUUCCUCCAUUCGUUUCCCCUGAAACGUCGCUGCUUACCCCUACCCGUAUUCCUUUUGUACACGUCUGUACUCACACUCCUUGUGUGCACGACUCCUCUCACACUCCCCUUCAUUACUCUCUCCCUCGUCACGUCCUUCUGCACAAUCCUCCCACAUUUCCUCCACUCCUCACUCCCCUCCCCGCCGCUCCUCCUCCUCCCACCCAGACACCUGCACGGUCAAGAACUGUAG